AUGGCGUGCUCGAGCGGGACGUCAUCGACGACGUCGUCGUCUCAGCUGGCGGCGGCGGGGAGCAACUCCGGGGAGAACGAGAGGAAGAGGAAGAGGAUGGUGUCGAAUCGGGAGUCGGCGCGGAGGUCGAGGAUGAGGAAGCAGAAGCGCCUCGACGAUCUGACGGCUGAGAUCGCUCUGCUGGCGGAGGAGAACGGCCGGAUCUCGACCGGAAUCAACGCCACCACCCAGCAUUUCUUGUCCGUGGAGGCGGACAACUCCGUCCUCCGAGCCCAGGUCGGCGAGCUCGGGAACAGGCUGGAUUCGCUCAAUGAGAUCCUCGAGCUCCUCACCACCACGACUCCCUCGCCGGCGAUCACCGCCUGCGGCGGCGGCGGAGGAGGAUGUUUUGGGUUCGAGUAUGAGGCACCGGCGCCAAUGGCGGAGCAACAUUAUGGCUUGAGCAGCAGCAGCUGCUUCAUGAACAUGGGGUUUCUGAAUCACAAUCAGCUUAUUAUGGCGUCUGCUGCGGCGAAUGAUGUUUUCCUCGUGAAUUGA